AUCCAAGCUCAGAGGGGAACAAUGUGGUCUGCAAAGGUCAGAUAGAGAAAAUAUGCAGAAAUCAUUCAGGCACAAUCAGUAGUAGAUGGAAAGUACAUGAUUUCCUAUAUUCAAAGAGUAAUUUUUACCUUGGUUUAAAUAUUCUAAUUUGAAUUGUGCUGAGCACUGAAAUGUACAUGAAGAGAGAUCCUUCUUACAAGAUGUGGAGGUCCUGACACUGGUUUGCUGUGCCGCCAUGGAUUACUAUAUUACUUCACUCAACAAAGAACAUGAAUUCAGGAUUCGGCCAGAAGAUAUUGCUUCGAGCUCUCACACUUUUAAGCAGAAAUAUUUCAAGAAGUCCAAGCCUUGUUUAGUCUGCAAGCAACCUGUGAGUGACCAGGGAAUAUCAUGCCGAGUGUGCAAGUAUGUCUGCCACAAAAGAUGUGAAAUAAAGGUGGUGACUCCAUGCUCUCUUCCUGUGAAUUAUGAGUUGCCGAACAAGAUUGACACAUACACAAGUCAUGUAACCGAACUGGAAUCAAACAGCUUUUCAAAAAGUUCCUCUUCUUGUGACAAAUUGUCUCAAAACUUGGACUUUGACCGAAUCAUGGAAGAAGGAUAUGAGCUUGACCUCACCUUUAUAACAGAGCGCAUUAUAUCAGUGUCAUUCCCCAGUGGCUGCUCAGAUGAAACAUACCUUCACAAUCUCCAAGAUGUAACACGGAUGCUAAAAUCAAAGCAUGGGGACAAUUAUUUGGUAUUGAAUCUAUCAGAAAAACGCUUUGACCUUUCCAAACUUAACACUAAGGUAAUGGAUGUGGGUUGGCCGGAUCUACAUGCUCCCCCACUAGAUAAAAUGUGCACUAUUUGCAAGGCAGUGGAAUCAUGGCUGAACACUGACCCUUUACAUGUGGUGGUUAUUCAUUGCAGAGGUGGAAAAGGAAGAAUUGGAGUAGUGAUAUCAUCAUACAUGCACUUUACAAAUGUAUCUGCAAGUGCUGACCAAGCUCUAGAUCGCUUUGCCAUGAAGAAGUUUUAUGAUGAUAAGGUGUCAGUACUCAUGCAGCCAUCUCAACUAAGAUAUGUCAGUUUUCUGAAUGGACUGUUAUCUGGGAUGGAAAAGAUGAAUGCCAGCCCUCUCUUCUUGCAUUAUGUCAUUCUUCAUGGUGUUCCUAAUUUUGAUGCCGGUGGAUUAUGUCGACCUUUCAUAAAAAUUUACCAGGCGAUGCAACCCGUGUAUACAUCAGGAAUAUACAAUGUUGGACCAGAAAAUGAAAACCGAUUAAGCAUUGCCAUUGAGCCAGCCCAGCUCAUCAAGGGUGACAUUAUGAUCAAAUGUUACCAUAAGAAAUAUCGUUCUGUAACCCGUGAUGUCAUUUUCAGGCUGCAGUUUCAUACAGGGGCUGUUCAUGGUCACCGACUGAUUUUUGGAAAAGAAGAGUUAGAUCAUGCAAAUAAAGAUGACAGAUUUCCAGAAUUUGGAAAAAUCGAACUAGUGUUUUCAGGAACUCCAGAAAAAAUCGUUGGUGCUGCAAACUUUCAGAACAAUCAGGGGAUAACCAUUGAUUACAAUACUUGUGAUCCUUUGAUACGCUGGGAUUCCUAUGAAAAUACAAGUCUGAAUGGAGAAGUGCCCCACACCCAGGGACCUCUUGAUGGAAGCUUGUAUGCCAAAGUGAGAAAGAAAAGUCUUUCUGAUGGACCGGCUACAGUUAUUGACCCUGAAGUUCCGCUGACAAGCAGUCCAGAUCAUAGUGAUCACACCUUGUCUGUUAGCAGUGAUUCUGGACACUCUACUGCUUCUGUUAGAACUGAAAGAACUGAAGAGAAACUUGGAUUAAGAAGCAAACGAGGUCUGAGUCCAAAAGAAAAAGCAGAAUUGGAUCAACUUCUAAGUGGGUUUGGGGUAAAUAACCCAACAAGCUCACUGAAGGAUAUGACCGAUGCUCAAAACAAAUAUAGUGGGACACGCCAUAUAGUACCUGCACAAAUUCAUGUAAAUGGAAAUAUAAAACUCAAAGAAAGGGAAACUGAUAUUUUAGAUGACGAAAUGCCAAAUCAUGAUUUACACAGUGUGGACAGUAUAGGUACUUUAUCAUCAUCAGAAGGCCAACAUUCAAACAAUCUUGGUAACUUUAGCUGCCAUAAGAGUAGUCAGAAUUCAUUGCUGUCUGAUGGGUUUUGCAGUAACACUGGAGAUGAACAUGGUCAUAAUGUAGUGCCUGACUUGGGUAUCAGCAUUGACCAUAUGUAUGAAAGAUCAUAUGCCAUCCAUGAGCCAAAGCAAGUUCAACAGCCUACAGCCCAACCUCCUCCUUAUGUACAGAGCAAUUACUCUACUCAAACGUGGGUCCAGCAACAACAGAUGGUCAGUUCACAGCAGUACAACUAUAGUGAUAAUGAAAGUCGCUUCAGUAUACAUACUUCACCUAAAUUGUCUUCAUCUAAUGUGCCUGAAAUGUCUAAAGUCUCACCUGUAUCGAACAGAGGAUUUAAUCACAGGGAUUCAGUGCAAAGAAGUGUUUCAAGUUCUGCUCAGAACAUAGCUCCUGAAAUUAACCAUCUCCCAUUAUUAACAGAGCUAACACCCAAUGGCACUGAGGUGGGCAGUGAAGACAUGCCAUCUUCUCCAACACUGGAUAUUGACCAGUCAAUUGAGCAGCUUAAUAAAUUAAUAUUAGAGCUGGAUCCGACUUUUGAACCAAUUCCAACCCGGAUGAACUCUAGUACAGCAAAUGCUAGCUUACUGGCUGCUGAUGUGGACAACAGUGGUCUCCAUACUCCUUUAGAUGCAGACAAAAGACGAAAGCUAUUUCAAGAAGGCUCACAAAACAGCAGUUCAUUAACCAGAGCCAGAAAGCUUAGUUUUGGUCAAUAUGACAAUGAUGCUGCAGAUCCACAAUGUAACAGAUAUGAAUGGAAGAGAUCUCCAGAGCAAGAUUCUGCACCCAAGUCAUUUGCUGCCAUGGGGCAGUCACAGUCCAAAGAGGAUACAUUUUACAGAUACCAGGGGGAUGUUGACGAAGUAGAUAACAUCUUCAGUUGUUCAAAACAUGGUGGCGAAGUUGUUCCACCGACACCAGCUUUCCCUAUUUCACCAGAAACUCCGUAUGUGCGUACACCUCCAAACUACUCUCAGAUGACUGAGGCAGAACAUCAGUUCUACAGCCCUUCUGAUAUGACAAGUUACAGUGAAGGUCUUAAACAAAGAGUCCUCCCCCCUGAGAGUUCCAUCGGAUCAAACUCUGUGUUCUUCAUGACUGAGUUACAGAGAUCUUCAGUACAAAGGACUGCGUCUCCUGCAACCAGAGAAGAAAGCAUUUCCGAAGUUGAACAUCUCUGGGCGGAAAAUGCACCAAAGGCAGCACUAUCUUACCAGUCUUCACUGAAGAACAGAAAUAGGUCACUAGUAAGUGACAUGCAUUCGUUAGAGUUUUUGAACUCUGACAGAUCAGUUUUGACCCAAGACUCCAACCCAGGGCAUCAGUGUCUUAAUAUAAGUGCUUCCGAUCCAGGACACACAGAUCUGCAAGAGAACUCUGCAAACAGAAAUGCCCAGGCUUAUUUGAACUUUGAAAGUCAUGUUAUCGCCAGCAGUAAUCCUCAGAGGGAUGAAAAACAUGUAUCCCUUCUUUCAAGUACAAAUGGUUCUCCAAAAACCAUAAGAACAGCAUUUUCAUUGGAUAGUAAUAACUUCCAAAACCAAGGCAGUCCAGUCCUACAACAUGUAAAAAAUCUCCAUUCACAACCACCCCUUCCUGAGAAAAAGAGAAUUUCUGAAGGGGAACAUUCGCUUGGCUCGGUCUCCCCUUCUUCCAGUGGAUUUUCAAGUCCAAACAGUGGCAGUACAAUCAGCAUUCCAUUUCCCAAUGUACUCCCCGACUUUUCGAAGGUGUUAAGCGAAUCUCCUGUCCAAGAAAUCGAGACUCAUCAGACCAGGCAACAUUUUUCCAGUCUUCAACAGUCCAAUUUUGAACAUUCAACCGAUAAGCACAUGACUGUAAAAUUUGUGCAAGACACCUCAAAAUUCUGGUACAAGCCUGAUAUUUCAAGAGAACAAGCUAUUGCAGUUCUGAAGGACAAGGAACCUGGUUCAUUUAUUGUUAGAGAUAGCCAUUCCUUUAGAGGAGCAUAUGGUUUGGCUAUGAAAGUUGCCACGCCACCUCCAUCAGUUAUGCAGCUAAACAAGAAAGGUGGAGAUUUGACAAACGAACUUGUCCGACACUUCUUAAUUGAAUGCAUUCAAAAGGGUGUCCGCUUGAAGGGAUGCCCCAAUGAACCGUAUUUUGGGAGUUUGACAGCUUUGGUUUAUCAACAUUCAAUCACUCCCCUGGCACUGCCAUGCAAAUUGCUCAUCCCUGACAAAGAUCCUGUAGAAGAGAUUGCAGAGACCGCUCCUCAGACAGCUGCAAACUCUGCUGCAGAGCUGCUGAAACAAGGAGCAGCUUGCAAUGUUUGGUAUCUGAAUUCAGUAGAACUGGAGUCACUUACAGGAUAUCAGGCUGUGCAGAAAGCAUUGAGUAUAACUCAACUUCAAGAUCCCCCACCUAUUUCUACAGUGGUGCACUUCAAGGUGUCUGCACAAGGAAUCACUCUAACAGACAAUCAACGGAAAUUGUUUUUCCGAAGACAUUAUCCAGUAAAUACUGUCAUAUUCUGUGCCCUGGAUCCACAAGACAGAAAGUGGACAAGAGAUGGACUUUCGGCAAAGGUGUUUGGCUUUGUAGCCAGAAGGGGCAAUGGUAACGACAACAUCUGUCAUCUUUUUGCGGAACACGAUCCAGAGCAACCCGCUAGUGCCAUUGUGAACUUUGUGUCGAAGGUCAUGAUUGGGUCUCAGAAGAAAAUUUAGAAUCUGUGUCCAGGAGAAUUGAUUGAAGGACAAUGAAGCAUUCACAUGUUACUUUGUAUCCUCUUAAGAGCAAAUGUUUAAACACAAGUAAUUACAAGACUGAGAAGAUAAGUAGAAAAGGACCAAUAUUAAAAACUAUAACGGAAAUUUCAUGACACAUACUUUUAAGUGUUUUGGUCAUGUGGAAAUUCAGUAUUAUGGUUCCAGAGAUUCUAUAAUUUCAUAGUAUUGUCCCUUCUACAAACACCACAUAGGAAACAUUAUUAAAAUACUUUUAUUUACACUGUAUAAUAGAAAAAUAAAAUGUAAUCUUUAAUAUUUCCUAAGACCCUAUACAGCCUACUCACAGUAUGCUGCCAUUAUAUUUAUUUUACCAAAAACAAGAACAGGUUCUACUAGGGGGAAUCUUUCUUCUCUAUUGUGGAACCCUCCAAUUUGUGAUUACAAAUUUCUAAAUAAAAUAAAAUUAAGGAGCAUAGAUAUGACUGUGAAAUGAGUCCUAGUACAAGCUCCUUUAAUUGCGUUAUAGCUCCAGGUCUUGGUAACAAUAAACCCAAUAGAGUCUGAAGAAAUGAAAAACCACCUUGGGAUUGAAGCAAAUGUUUAAGCAGGUUUGUUUUAAAAAAAGGAAAGUGCAAGUAGUAAAGAGAGUGAAGUUGAGAAUUAUCAUUAUAGGAUGCUUAUAGGAGGUUAAUGCACUAAAGGCUUAUUGUAAGUAGAACUCUGAAGGCAAUUAGGGGGGAAGUUAUCUAUAACUAGUGGAAAGGUAAGUGGUUUGGGAGGUUUUUUUUAAGUGUCAGGCAGAUCCAAGAUCGAACUAAAUUACUAUUUUCAAAGUGUAGUGAUAACUUUGUCAGAAAUAUCAAUAGUAGCUUAUAUAUUAUUCCAAUGUGAAAAAGGACGGCUAUGAAACAGCUGCUGUAAUGCAGAGGUAAUAUACAUGCAGAAGGAGCUGAGCUGACUGAUAUAUAGUUUAUGGAAAAAUAUUUACUAUAGCUUGUAUUCAUGUACAUUCCUGUUCUUUCUGUAAUUAGGAGUCCAGUAGGUGGUCCUAGGCAAAAAAAAAGCAAACUGCAAGCAAAAAAAUAAAAAUAAUAAUUUAAAUUAUUAGGACAAAGCCAUUUAAAAUUUUUAUCCAUGCACAUUUAUAUAAUCAUGGAAGACCCAACUUCAUUGUCCUUUUCUCAUUUUGCAGAAAUGUACAUAGUAUUUGUAAAAUCAUAGCCACAGAUUUCAAAGUAUGGUUAGAUAGUGCUAAACAUGUGAUAUCCAGGUCUCCACAGCUUAUGAAAAAGGGGGUGAUAUACCGGUAAGUACUUCAGCCUUGCGGGCACCUGAAACAACAUACUAUUUUCAAUUUCUAAAUUAAUAUGAACCUUAUGGUUUAAUUUCUAUCAGGAUUGUAAAGAUUAAAAUGCUAUUGUUAUACUUGUGCUUUGUAUAAAGUUGAUCUCCCUGUAUAAACUGUUGGCCAAAUGAGGGUUUUUAGAAGGUAUUCUACAAUAAAAUCUUGAGAAAGGAACAUUACUGAAAACAGUUUGUGACCAUAAAUGUUUUUGAGUGUUACAUUGUGUUGUUCCCCCUUCUGUACUGAGUUGUACAUUAAUUCUUAAAACAUGCAGUAUGUCCUUACUUCUACUUUGAAUGCACUUCGUCUUUGUCUUGUAAUUAUUUUUAUUUCAAAGUUAACACAAAGAUUGUUUUAUUAUAUUGUGAUAAUCAGUUUCCUAUUCUAAAUGUAUUGUUCUUGCCAGUCCUUGUCCUUCUUAUAGGCCAGCAAUCCACUUGUGGACCAACCUGAAGUCAGUGUACUUUUGAAAAAGUUGACACGCUUUUGUAGUGUGUGCCUUCUUUUAAUGGUAUAUUACCAUGUAAUUUUUUAUAUGAAAUAUUUUAAUGCUGCACAGAAUUAACAGUAGAUGAGAAAUGGGAAUAUGAAUUAAUUUACAUUUUCUGGUUGAAAACAAUAGACUUUUUCAGCCCUUCACUUCGUAGUCUUUUAUUCGAUUUUACACCGGUACUUUAAUAUUUUGUACACAGAAUAUGAAUCAAGUAUAUGCAAGUUAUCCUGCUUUUUACAUAUACUGCUAUCACACAGUGUUAAUGCAUACAAAUGCAAAUUUCCUAAAAGCCAUGUUUAAAUAAUAUAAUGUCAGUGUAUUUAUAAUCCUGUCAUUUCACUUAUAUAUACUUUGCUAUAUUGCUGCAGUAGUUCUUUUGCUUUUUCUUCUGUACAAAUGUAUCCACUAUGUAAAAAUAAUUGCUUUACACAUUUUAUGUAUAGUCCUCUACCUACCAUUAAAAUAUCAACUUUAUUUAGAUUAUAAUAAAAUGUGACUUUAAUAGUG